UCACAAAUGUUUGUUAAAAUAUUAAUUGUGAUGGUUACAUAAUAGAAUUUAAUUAUUUUAUAUCUUUUUAUCAUUUUCAUAAGUUUAUGCUUUAUUCGCGUUUUUCUGCCCUCGGAGGGAAUAAAACAAGAUGGCUGCGCCCUUGGAAACUCUCCUCCUUCAAGUCCGCUGCCUGUCCUUAUCAUCCACCAGAAGACUCUUGGUUAGGUGUAACAGCGCCCUGGUAAGGAGCUCUCCAGUUAACCCGCGAGUACUGCCAGGUCAGUCAGCACUGCUAUCCUCACAUGUACAGACAUUCUGUACCACAACCACAAGAUGGGCAGAGGAAGCAAAGGAGGAGUCCACAGAAACUACAGAGAAGAAACAGGAAGAUGCUGAAGAAUCCCAACAGGAGGACACCAGUCUUGAUGAAGACAUUGAGAGGAGGCAGAAGUGGAUGGAGAUGUACAACUCCUGUCUGCCAGGAUAUGGCCAGGUGUUUGAUGGAAUCCCCUACAACCAGCUGCCUGUUAUCCAUGUCUUUGCCAACUGGAACAACACACAUGCAACCUGUACUGACAGCACAGGAAAGAUACUUGCUCAAACAACCUGUGGAAAAGAAGGAUUUAAGAAUGCUAAGAAGGCCACUUCUGUAGCUGCUGAGGUAACAGGACAGUCCAUAGCAACAAAAGCACUUGAUCUUGGAAUCACCAAUGUGCGGCUGGUACUGCGAGGGAUCGGACCAGGCAGGCAGCCCAUCGUCAAGGGAGUUCAAAUGGGAGGAGUAAACAUUGUGUCCAUCACCGACGGCACACGUUUCUCAGCCACUGGUCCUCGGCCAAGAAAGGCUCGUCGAAUCUAACUCAGUGUAAAUUUGUAAUUAGAUAGACUGUAGCUUGACUUUCAUUGUUGAUUUUAGAAGUACACAUUUGAGAUUGUAAACAAAUAUGAGAAGAGUGUUAUACUUCAAACUGAUGACAGAAACUGUCUUAUUAUGACUUAUAUCAGUUUACACAGUGAUAUUGUUAAUGGGACAUUGUGCUGGUUUUUUCUUUAGCAAAACCAACAGGAAAUUGCACAAGCUUUAGCACAUAAUGUGUAGAAAGAGAACACAAGAUGUAUGAAUGUGAAAAUUACAUCUGAAUAUUCUACAUUCAUCUGACAGCAGUCAAUAAUUGCAUUUGUAAUCAGCCAAAUGUAUCUGCAAAUAAAGUCGGCAAUAAAAUCUUGUCCAUGCUAAUAUAUAAAAUCUAUAAUUUAGAAAUAUUUGCAUAGUGGCAAGACGUUUUGCAUUUUGCUUCCAUUUAAAGUGCAGAUAAAAAUGGAGGAAGUAUCUAAAAACAACUGAUACACAAGAAUUAGGGGCCUGCCCUCCACAUUACUGACAUCUGACAUAAAUUCUUCAUUAGAAAAACUCUCAAAAAUUACAAAAACAAUUAUCAUAGCUAUACCUAAUGUUGAUAAGUAAAACCGCAUCAUAAUUGAUUUUUUAUCAAAGUGAAAUCAAAAUUUCAAUAUUUAACAACUUUUUCCUUGGA